CCACCGUAUAUCGUGCUUACGUAACUCGCGUUAUUACUCUACUAUCUCCAAGCUGAUUCCAUAUUUAAAGUGGUACGUGCGUGUGUAGUUCCGCGGUAAAGUCACGUGGCCGUCAGGCCGCCAGCUAAUCAAUGGAAUAGCAUCGACCACCGCCGUCCCGACCAAGCUGGUGAAGCGGUGAUUCAGUUAUACCACAGGGGUGCACACGCUCGGUGGUGGCAACCCUUCUGUGUUAUUCACCUACAAGUACGUGGAUACAUCUGGCUCUUGGAACGUGGAAAUUCACGUCCAUAGCACCGCUUCAAUUGAUGAUGUCGCUUCUCAUACUUCUACAGCGUUUACGGGAUAUACAGUAAGGCAUGCACAAUGUUGAGUCCGACUCCGCCUGUAAUCAAUCGUCCCAGCCUGCAUCCUGGCGCAGGAUACUUCAUAGGGCCGCGGGUGCCUCAAGGGCUCGCGGCUGUGGUCGAGGGACUCACCAGAGAGGUGCUGCGUCACCGUCCCGAGGACAUAUACGUUUUCGCGGCUCAUCAUUUCGAGAAGCUGCUGAAGCUGCGGGAACAGUACCACGCCGAGAAGUAUCGCAACAUUCGCGAAUUCGAUGACGACUUUCGCGAUUUCAAUCUGUGGCCCACCAAGGAGUCCGGAGAAACCAGAGUAUCACCGACCAGCGGUUGGCCCUUGGAUAAGGAGAUCAAGGCCUUCGAGAGACGCGGCAAGGUGCCUACCGACGUGGAAGAGAGCCCGGAGGACGUAUCUACCGACAGGGAGAAGCGGAAAGCGUCGAGGCAGACAUGCACCAAGAGUUCGUCGAGCGCGAAAAGAGCCUCGAGGAGGUCCACCAAGGACAAGGACGCGGCGUCGGACUCUCGCGCAACGAAGAUCAUCUCGCAAAUGUCCGCUCUUCGCGGCUCUAGCAGGACUAUCCUGACGAAGGACAUCAAGCAGGAACUCAGGAAGAACAAACUGAACUCCGGCGAGAAGGGAAAACUGUCCGACAGUGUAGAGAAGGGGAUCCGUGGCGAGAGGCGAUCCAGGACGAAGGUGUCCAAGACGGAUAAAAACGCCGAGGAGGAGAUCGAACGUGCUGCGACGACGACCACGGGUAAGACUUCCGCACGAAGACCCUUGAAAAAAGUGCGGCGAAUCGAGACCGAGUUCGAGACCGAGACGGAGCGCGAAAUCGCGUCGAAGGAUAGACUUGGAAAUGGUUACGAGAGAACGAGCGUUAAGGGCGACAACCGAGAGGCGGCAACCGCCUGUAGCAGGAGCAGGAGAUCGGAAGCGGCAGCAUGGCCCUGCGAACAUUCCUCGGAGAGGAAAGUCUCGUCAAGGGCGCUCAGCAUGGAUCGCAUCAGGGCGUACGUGCUGCGCAAAUUCGCGAGCACGGCGAGCUUGGAGGUGCUUCGCUCGCCCACCUACGUGGAGGAGGUGCAGGAAGUGAUCGAUCGUGCGGCGCCGAUCAUCAAAGAGAAGCUCGAAGAAAUCAGGAAGCCGCGGGGUAAGCGCUCACGCUCAGUCGACUUCGCCUGGAACGAGGAAUCCUUUCGCCGCUGCGUCGCCAAAGACAGCAGGAGAUGCGGCGAUCGCGACGAAGAAGAGAAGGGUAAACGGAAGAGCUCUGGUAACGGAGCUCUAGAACAGGAGUUCAACGACGCGAGGAGGGAAGAUAAAUCGGAGAAUCAGUCGGCGAGACGGGAAGAAGUAGCCUCGAGCGCCGAGAGCGAGGAGAGACGGCCAGGAAGACGCAGCGCCGGCUCCGGCAGACGAUCAAGAAGGCGCGAGAACGGCGAGCACGGCGACCUCGGGCUCGCUGAUCGCGUCGACGACGAUUCCGAGCACAGUAACAAAUCGGAACAAGAGUCCGGUGCGGGACGCGACACCUUGGAGGCAAGACUGACCGCUACGCAGAGCAUCCUGGAGGGCAUAUCAAUGUCGGCGUCCGAACUGAGCGGCGCUCGCAAGGUCGACUCAGCUGGCGACGAGCGUGACGAACGAACGGUGCCGUCCGAGGUCUCCGAUCACGUCAAUGUGGUCUCUUUGCCGAUUGUCAGGCCGCCGUCGUCCAAGAGCUGCAGGAACGCCGCCAAGAACGGCUCGGACAGUCUCACCUUGCCGCCGAUCUCGCCGGAAGCUCCGAGGUCGACUAAGAAGAAGGACGAGCUGUCGCUGCCGAUCUUGCCGAACGGGAACCAGUCUGCCAAAAAGUCGCAGGAGCAGGAUGGCUCUAAGGACGCCGAGGAAGCCUCGACGAUGCGUGAUAUUACGAGCGACAUGGAGGACAUUGCGGUUCUCCCGGAAGACGAAGAAGAACAACUUGCGACCGCAGAUGCGAGACAGGAUCCAAUGAGUGAUCAUCAGGACUUGAUGUCGGACGCGAGGCCCGGGGAAGAAGACGAGGAUAUAGAAGAGGAAGCUCUUUGGAAAGACACUCCGCGGGAGCUCGCAGGAAAACGUAUAAGUGACGUUUCCCUCGAUCAAGAUCUCAAGGAGUAUCGAAAGUUAACGGAAGCGGAAGAGAGAAGGGCGGAGGAGGUUUACAAGGAUAGCUUAAACGUAACUCCGGAAGUAGCGGACUUACCUUUGAGACCGGAUUCGUUGGAGUCUGGUGAAGAGGAGCGGGAUAAACUGCAGGACGAGGAUGCCGAUGGUGACGUCGUGCGGAACCAAACAUUCGAUGAUCUGAAGGACAGGUUGAUCGAGAUCGAGAUGGCGGAGCGAAAUAUCGAGAAGGCCUUAGCUGGCCAACAGACUGCGACGUGUAAUGAUGAAGCGAUGAGCGAAGCGGGAAGGUCGACGAGUGUUGAGAAAAUGGAUGAAGCGAGGAAAUCGAGUGGUGAGGCAGAAAAGGUUGCCAGUGAGAUAGGAGAAUCGACAAGCGAACAAGGGACACCGAAUGAAGAGAGAAGAUCGAUGAAUGAAGAAGAAAAGGAAGAAGAAGAAUCGGUAAAUGGAGUGCAAGAAGGGAGCAGUAACACAGAGAGAUUGACGAAUGAAAGAGGAGUACUGAGUGAAGAGGGGGAAUCAUUGAACGAAGAAGAAAAAGAAGGAUCGACAAAUGAAGCGGAACCGUCCACAAUGAUAGGGAAUGAGGAACUGACUGAGGAGAAAGGAUCUGAAGCUCAAGUUGGAAUAUCGAUAAACGAAGCGGAAAGGGUGCUAAAUGGCGUUGAAGAAUUGAUGGUUAAGCGUCACAUGAAAAAUCUGGAAUCUACAAACGCACAAUAUAAGAUCAAAAAUGGUCAGACUGUCGAAGUAUCCGUUCACGGGGUGGAUGACAAGGACGACGCGACGGCGUCGAACGGUAAAAGCGUGACGGCGGGUGCGUCUUCGCAGACGACAGGCUCCGGGAACGCCACGGACGAACAACACUUGACAGUGAGUCCUCCGACGAGCGGAAACGGCAUCGGCAAGACGAAAGCGCGGAAGAGACGGGAGACCAACGAGAUACCGGCAACCACGCCGUUGUCCUUGAAGAUCCCGUUCGCCUACGUCCUCAGCGAGGGCUCUCCCUGCGAGAUCCCCGAUUCCGUGACGACCGUGAUUAUUCCGGACAGGCCGUGCCCGUCGCCUGUGAUUUCCGAGAUUGACGAUCGUCAGCCCGGAUUGACGUAUUUUCCAAUCGAACGAGCUGCUCAUGACUAUGUCGUCGAGGAUGUUUCGUCGAAGGACGAAACGCGGCAGAACGAAGGACACGCUGAAUACGAUAUGGAAGUUUUUGGCGAAUAUAUCCAUCCAGAAGUGACGGCUUUAUCAGUCGAUAUCGACUUUGUGCAUGGCGCGAGAGGUGUGAAACCAGGCCAGGACAUACUGGUCGUCCACCAAGAUUUAGAUAGGAUCAAGGAAGAGGGUGAAGAAGAGGAGGAAGACAAAGAAGACGGCGAACGAAAAGGAGAAGAGGAAAGCUGUUUGGAGAAGGACAAUGGAGACGGAGAGGCAGUUGAGACGGCAGUUGGACAGGUUGAAGAGAAGCUUGAGGAUAUCGUGGAGCAUGAAGAGGAUGAGACCAAUGCGAGGACGAUUGCCGAAAAGUUUCCUUCUUCUUGUGUUCCCGAAAGUGAAGCUUUGCCCGAAACUACUGAGAGCACCGAUUUGACGAAUGCAGGCAAAACGGACGUUGCAGGGGAGUCCAGAAGCACGUCGGAUAAUUUAUCGGAGGUGAACGGGAGUAGUCAAGAUGUCCACACGACCACCUCGAGCGAUGCGAAGGAGAGCACCGCGAGUAACCAAUCGAUCGAGAGCUCGAGUAUCGGCAGGCCGAUAGUACCGGAGCUGAACCUAGAUUCUCUUCAGGAUAACACAGUGUCAUCGUUCAAGAUGACGGCGAACGGCACAGCGACGAAGGAAAGCAACGGCAGUCCCAGGGAGAGCGACGCCACGAUGUCCUUGGUCGAGCCGUUGACUCCCGACGAGAGGUUGACGAUGGGAAAUCGGUUGAUGUUGGCUGAGCGCGAGCUGGAGUCCCCUGUCGAGGAACUGGCAUUGGGUUCACUGAACUUCCGAGCGCAGUCAGACAUGCCGGAAGCUGAUCAGCUGUACCCAGCGGAGCACGCGGAAUAUGAGCUGCUGGAGAAAGAUCUGUUGUCUUCGGAAGCUGUCUUAGAGGACGAGGCUCGGGAAGAGGAUGUCAUUGCUUCAGUUUCGCGAGAGAAGAGGGAAGCGGAGGAAUUGGACAGCGAAGAGGAGAUCGCGAGAGAAUUGAUAAGUUUCCUGAAUAACGACACACAACUCUUUGUUAGAGAAUCAGAUCGCGCUAGGAAACUCGAAGACUAUGAGAAACCUAUCAAAAGCAAUUUGGACGUAGAUGGAACUAGUCGACCGUUAUCGGACUUUGUCCAUUCUAUAUCAGUUGACCAAGCAGAGAAAGAAAAAGGCGACGUUCUUUCGGAGCAAUCCGGAAAGUUAGGUGACGAAGAUGUUUCAAAGACUGAAGCAGUUAGUGAGUUAUCAGAUCACAUAGUGGAUAGCAGUCAAGAAAACGAGGAUGAAGAUGAGGUGAUGGUAAACAAAGAAACAGAAAAUCCCGAAUUGGAAGUCGAGCAAAAAGAACACGUAGAAAACAACCAGGUCGCAUCUCUAGUAGAAUCUCAACAGGACGAAUUUUCAGCUAAAGAUAACGCGGUAACAAACGAAGAAACUGAAGAACCUAAAGAAGUCGAAGAAGAGGAACAUCUAAAAAGUAGUCAGGUCACACCUUUAGCAAAAUCUGAGCGAGAUGAGUCCUCAGUUAAAGAUAACGCGGCAAUAAACGAAGAAAGUGAAGAACCUAAAGUAGAAGUCGAAAAAAAGGAACACAUAAAAAGUAGUCAGGCCACAUCUCUAGCAGAAUCUGAGCGAGACGAGUCCUCAGUUAAAGAUAACGCGGCAAUAAACGAAGAAAGUGAAGAACCUAAAGUAGAAGUCGAAAAAAAGGAACACAUAAAAAGUAGUCAGGCCACAUCUCUAGCAGAAUCUGAGCGAGACGAGUCCUCAGUUAAAGAUAACGCGGCAAUAAACGAAGAAAGUGAAGAACCUAAAGUAGAAGUCGAAGAAGAGGAACACAUAAAAAGUAGUCAGGCCACAUCUCUAGCAGAAUCUGAGCGAGACGAGUCCUCAGUUAAAGAUAACGCGGCAAUAAACGAAGAAAGUGAAGAACCUAAAGUAGAAGUCGAAGAAAAGGAACACAUAAAAAGUAGUCAGGCCACAUCUCUAGCAGAAUUUGAGCGAGACGAGUCCUCAGUUAAAGAUAAUGCGGCAAUAAACGAAGAAAGUGAAGAACCUAAAGUAGAAGUCGAAGAAGAGGAACACAUAAAAAGUAGUCAGGCCACAUCUCUAGCAGAAUCUGAGCGAGACGAGUCUUCAGUUAAAGAUAACGUAGCAAUAAACGAAGAAAGUGAAGAACCUAAAGUAGAAGUCGAAGAAGAAGAGGAACAUAUAAAAAGUAGUCAGGUCACGCCUCUAGCAGAAUCUGAGCAGGAUGAGUCCUCAACUAAAGAUAACGCGGCAACGAACGAAGAAACUGAAGAAUCUAAAGUAGAAAUCGAGGGAAAGGAACACAUAGAAAGUAGUCAAGUCAUAUCUGUAGCAGAAUCUGAGCAAGAAUCCUCAGCUAAAGAUAACGCGGCAACAAACGAAGAAAUUGAAGAACCUGAAGUGGAAGUCGAAGAAAAGAAACACAUAGAGACUAACCAGGUCGCACCUCUAGCGGAAUUUGAACCAGACGAGCUUUUAGAAAAGAAUGGAAGUCAUGAGAUGUCCGAUGAGAAAAUUACAGAUGAGCGUGACGCUGAUAUCGCCGGCGAUCAAGAAAGUCGAGAAGACAAGCAAAUAGAUGAAAGUAUCCUAAAGAGUCAAAGCAGCGAGAGUGCGAGUAAAAUAGAAGAAUUUCAUGAAAAACAGGAGGAGGACAAGCACGAAGAGUGGAAAGAUAAGGGAAAAUCCGAAGAAGAAAAUGUGAUGGCGCAAGAAGAAUGUCAAGAAGAAGAGUUAAAUGAUGAGGGAAAACGCGAGCGAGAAGAAUCAAUAGCGAACGAAAAAGAUGAGCAGGAACACAUGGAAGUUCAGGAAACACGGGAAGAUGUGCCGAAGACAUCGACAGAAGAAAGCGAAGAUGCUGGACAGGACGAGACUCCUUUGACCGAGUCGAUUACUGAUGACACUGCCGCAAGAGACGUGACGAACGAGAAAGAAGAGACGGACGACCUCUCGGCAAAGUUGGAGAGUGUUCACGGCCCAAUAACGAGCGCAAUAUCGACGCAGGAUCAUCAUUAUGCUCGAUAUUGGACCAUGGGAACAAAGUCGUCGACCGCUGAAACGGUGAUCGCAGCUUUUGGUUCGAAUACGAGUGCGGACGAGAAGACUCUUGACGAUUCUUGGGAGAAGGACGAUUUUUACUCGGCGGUUGUGAAAAGCCAAGCUUGCGUCCGAGGAUUUUUAACGCGUCGUCGUCUGCGGAGGGAUCUUGGCUCGGACUCUGUUCCCAACGAUAUUCCGUUGACGCGGGGAACAGCUAUCGCAAGAAGUGUGUUUAUGCCGGAGGAUCGAUCGAGUUUACGUGAAGCCAGGGGCGGACGGCAUCGUCUUCGACGGGAGGAAGCUCUGCGAAAGACCACGCUCUCCUUGGAGAACGCCUUCGCCACGGGUCGACUCCAGCACACCGGCGAGUUCCACGAUUCUGUGCCGUUGCCGCUGUUCGAUAUAACGCACAGUGAAACUAAUUCGAGCGACUCGCUGGACGAGUCUCUGGCUGAGGAAGAACUAACGAAGACUGACACCGCGAAAUCCAGCACGUGUGAAACUGCAAAUAGCAAUUGUCACGACGACGAGCGUCGAGGAUAUCCUCGAAAGAGCAACGCCUUCGCCGGUCAUUCCGAAUUGCCGAUCGUGAUGCAGCUGCUGGCGGGUGCGUCCCGCAACUUCCGGAUCAACCGGAACUCCGAUCCCGAUCUGAAUCUGCGCGGCCAUGGAGCGAAACUCGUGGAACCUGCGUUGGAUAUUCUGAUGCUGGGCUACCCGAGGGAUGAAGCGACCCUUCAGAAUCGAUACCUGAAUUUCAUCACCAGCGUGGAGGAUAUAGGCUCGAACAUGGACUACCCGGAUGUCGCGACGAAUAGCGCGACCAACGCGGACGACGCUCAACCUUCCGGCGAGGCCUCAAUGCCGGGAUCACUCAGGGAGCCCUUGGCCCUUCCGGGCAGUCCUCAAGGUGUCGUGAUCGAGGAGCUGACUAGCUUGGACGAGACAGCCGGGGACGUUUCGUCGUCGAAAGCGUCGACCGCGACGAAGACCUCGCUGGAUACAAAUAGCUCGGUGCCGCCGAAGGAAUGUACCCUCGAGGACAAGAACAACUCAGAAGCGUCGCCGAGGACUAAUCCAGCUGACAAGGAUACUAUAAUCAGUGACCAGAAGAGUACGACGGAAGAAGUCGGGGAAUCGGGUGACAAGUCAGCCGUCGACCGCAACUCCCCAAAGAUCGGUUUGCACGCCGAGGAUACGAGCGGAAGCUCUAGUGCGAUCUUCCAUGACAGCAAUGGCCACGAAGGGGAAGAUGGAAAGACGUGAAUUGUUGAGGAAUCGGCGGAGUGAGUCGGAACAAGGAUUGUGGCCUGUGUGAUCGGUCGAUUAGUUCCUUCGAUUAUAUAUAUAUAAUCACAUACACACACACACACACACACACACACACAUACACACACACAGAGGGAUCAUUCAACAAUUACGUUCACAAAAGGAAGGGAGUGUCGAUUAGUUUGCAUGAUGUGAUGGGGAGAAGGAAGGUGAAGUUUAUGAAAUGUCACAAAAUAUUUCGUAUCUAAAUUUUUAUAUCUAAAAACUAUUAUAUCGUAUCAAAAUAAUUUAAUUCUGUGUUAAUCAGAAUUAUAUAAUCAAAAUAUUAAUUUUACAAUAUGUGUAUUUCUUUUUAAAACACAACUUUUACUAAUCGAAAUUGUAAAGAGUAAUUAGUUCGAUAUCAUGCCUAAAAAUUAUUUGUAUUUUAAAAAAAGAUAGGAACAUGGAGCCCAUCUUUACUAUCUUUUAUUAAUAAUUAUAUUAUUUCUAUUAAUACAAUUUACAAGAUUAUUAAUUUUAUUAAUAAAUUAAUAAUUUUAAUAAUUAAUUUUAUUAAUAAAAUUAUAUUCAUAACAUUACUCACAAUAUAGUUAUAAACUUAUUUUUCUUGUUCUAUGUGAAAUGGAUAAUUUUAUAUGUCAUAUAAUAUCAGGAAAAUUCAAAUAGUUUGUGAGAAAAUAUCACAAAGAGGCGAGAGGGAUAAAACAUAUUCAAAUUUCGCGUGACGUAAUUGUUAAAUGGCCCUUUAGGAUUGUUGCUUGUACGCGUACUGCGAUACUAUUUGUUCGAGGCGUCACUGUCAUUUUGCAGCACUUAUAGUUUUAGCUUAAGCUAAUAAGUCCAUAAAGGACAUAAAGAAACACAGGUUGUUUCAUAUAGAUUUUGAUUUCUAGGAUUUACAAUUUCUAGAUUUUGACUUCUAGGAUCUAGAGGCCGGGAACCAUACAUUUUUCUUACCGUCAAAAAACAUUCUAAUGAUAGGAAAAUAAACUGGUUAAUUUUCUUACUGCUGAAGAGUUUUACCGCUUACAUUUUGCAACGCACUUCCGGCCUGCUUUAAUUUUAAAGCAUUAAUCAGACGACACGAACAGAUUAACUCUCAGGAAUAGUUUGAAGUGUGUACACGUACGCGACACGACGUUAGUUACUAAUAAACAUAUAAGCACUAUCGUGUUCGUCGAUAUAUGAAUAUCUGGAUAGAGCAUUCGACUAGACACGACCUUCUAAUUAACGCUAAGGGGGAAGUUCCGUUUUUUUGCGAUUUCUUCGGGAACAUUCGCGCUGCAACCGUGACACUUGCAAUGAACUAAAGUAGCAUUUUUUAAAAUAAUAUUUGUCACGUUAAUAUAUUGUAUAAAAUCAACGUAAUUACUUGCAAAAUAGUAGAGGAAUUUCUUGUUCAGUUUGAGCCAAUCUACACGUACACAAAAGUUUGAUACGUUAUCAUCAGAGAGACACCCUGUAUAUAAAAAAUAGAGAGUGCCUUGUGAGAAUGGUUUUCUCAAAUAGACCGUGACAUCUCCCGAACGUGUUAAUUAACGGUACACACUUCGUCCAGACAUUCAUGCAUCGAUGACCGUAUUAUACGAAACGUACAUAUCAUAUGAAAGAAAAGGAUGCAACGACCUCUAGAUUCGUAACUGUGCGACACACUAUCAAUGAACGAUUUCUUCCUGCUUUUGCCACUUACGCAGCGCGGAGAUGUAUCUUUGUACACGCAAGAUACAAUAAAUUGCAUGU